AUGUUCUGGAUGAAUUCCCAAAACUCCCGUCAUUACAAGGCUGGCGGCGAGCAACGUGACCUGGCCGCAAUCGACUCGAAGGUCUCUACACUUUUAAUUAACACUCAACUCAACAACGCUGGGACUUGCCCAAACUCAAAGACCCUUGCUGAUUGCCGUUCUCUUAUCUCCGAACGCGAGAACGAACGCCUCUUGCUCAAGCCUCUGCCACCGCAUGACUAG